GAGGACAAGACGUACCCGGUGACUAAGUAUCUCUUCGAAAGCACGCAGGUCGUGGAGAAAUACUGGUACGAUAUGUGGACUAUUUGCGUUAAUACUCUACUUGGCGGUAGACUGGUGGUACACGGCAAAGAUAUUCUACUUGAGGAUUUAAGCAAAAAGAGUGCCAUGAUAGAGGCGAUUGCGGCGUGUCUUCCCAAAGACUCCGCGAAAAGAGACACCGGCGCGGUUCCGGGAGAUCGUAAGGGAGCGGCUGGUGUCGACUCAGCUCUCUUUGCGCAUCUGAAACGUAAUUGGAACUGGUCAAUCAAUUAUUCUAUGCAUCAGCAGACUUCUAGGAAUCAGGGAAAAUCCAGCACAGGUCAACGGGAUUUGCAUCUGUCGAAGAUUCAAGCGAAACCAGUCAAGUUACAAUCGACAGAGGCAGCCCUAGCAGAACGUCGCACAUCAGCGUCCAGCCUUCGGACCAUCCGCUGUGCUUAGGCAAGGGCGGGAUGAACAUCUUCCAGCUUAAGGCCGUCACACAUAAAAUUCCGUAAGGACGUAAAACGUAAGCAUAAGAAAAUCGACCAAUCACAGUCGAG